AUGCCUUCUAAUAGUGUUUUUGGAUAUACUAAAACUGCUAAGGCUACACAAUCCAAAACUCGUGGCCCUACUCCUGUCAAAUCCAAAAAAACUCCCGCGGACUAUCAAUCGUCUAAGGUCGAGACGAAGAAUCCAAACAAACCGGUUUAUAUUUCGAAGGUUCGCGAUUAUAGCGACUCCGAGUCUAAGGCUGAUUCUGACGAAACCGUUGUUGAUGUUGCCACGUUUUUUGUCGCCAACGACGAUAAUUACUCACACAUGGCUCCUCGGAACUCAGGUGGUAGGGAUAGAGAUAGUUAUGGACGCCCAGACAGAGAAAGACCCUCCAAAGAAGAUUUGCAUAGGCAGGGACCAACUCGGAAUCAACCAACGCGAGUGCCUGAUGAUACAGAUGAGCUCUUCAAUCCCGAACAUCCGGGCGAAGCAGCACCACAUAUAGACAACUCAUAUUUCAGAGAAAAUCCUCCCUUCCCGGAUAUGUCGAUUUACAAACACAUAUUGGUACUUCGCCAGCAUGGUGCUUCAGUGAAGUACGGCCAACAAGCUCGAGCCGACUGCCUCCGCAACUAUCUUCCACGGCAAGGUCCAAUACUGCAACCUCGCGAUGGCCCGAUCUCCGUGACCGACAUUAUGAAUCCUAACAGGGAUGACCUCGAGGCCAUUGAUUGUGCCCUGGCAAAUGUGAUCAACACGGGCGGAGAAGUCGAGUUCGGAGCUCUGCCCCAUGGACAAUCUGGAGGCCAGUUUGCGUGUCGAGCCUGCACAAGGGUCUUUUCACAGUCACAAGACCGAGACGACCACAUUGGAGGAGGGCGGAUCAAAUGCACGGUUCUUUCCUGUGGCGUAUAUCUCCCUUGCCAGGGACUGAUGGACGACCACAUGGAUAAGAUUCACCCAAAACACCGAAACAGGGACAGCGAUAGUUUCCCUUACCCCAACCGUUCGAGCUACGGCAGUUCUCAAGAUGGGCAUAACCCCCACAACUACACAAGAGUUUGA